CCACUGCUCGACCCGUGUGUCUCUCUUCACUCUCCUUCCACGCCACGUAGUCUCUGUAUUCUGUGAGGAGCUAUAGAUCAAAGUGCGCAAGCAAAGAUAUGGCUCGAGACGAAUUAGAUUCUUCGAGAACAAAGAGGCGUGCUGGUUUUCGAUUAUGCACUGUGUCAAGUUACACGACUGAAUUGCUGGAGAUUCGUGCCGAUGAUCCUAAAAUGAAUGUUUUGUUCAUCCCUGGAAAUCCAGGUGUUGUUACAUUUUAUAAGGAUUUCGUGGAAUCACUGUACGAUUUUCUCGGAGGAAAUGCAUCUAUAACAGCUAUCGGGCACAUAUCACACACGAAAAAGAACUGGGAGCGUGGAAGGUUAUUCUCAUUAGAAGAACAAAUUGAUCAUAAGAUGGAUUUCAUCAAGCAGGAACUAGAAAAUACUGAAGUUCCUAUAUUACUGGUUGGGCACUCUAUUGGUUCAUAUAUUGCUCUUGAUAUGUUUAGGAGGUCCUCAGAGAAGGUGGCAUAUUGCAUUGGACUAUACCCCUUUUUGGCACUAAACCCACAAUCCAGGGAGCAGUCUAUUAUUGGGAAGAUCAUAGCGUCACAAAGUUUAAGCGCUGCACUUAGUCUCAUUGUGGCAUCAUUGGGAUUUUUACCAAUCAGGGCUUUGAGGUUUAUUUUGACUAACUCUCUCGGGAAGUCAUGGUCAACUGUGGCAGUUGAGGCUGCUUGCUCACACUUGGUGCAGUAUCAUACUAUGCGGAAUGUACUCUUUAUGGCAAUGACAGAGUUCAAAAAGCUUACAGAAACACCGGAUUGGGCAUUUGUAAGAGAAAAGCAGGAGAAACUUGCAUUUUUGUUUGGUGUUGAUGAUCACUGGGGUCCACUUCAAAUGUUUGAAGAGAUUUCCGAGCAUGUCCCAGGCAUUGCUCUAUCAAUUGAAAGGGUCCAUAGUCAUGCUUUCGCUUGCACCGAGGCUGGUUCAUCAUGUGUUGCGAAGCAUAUAGCAAGCUUGAUCGACAAUCGAUUAUUGAGUUCAAGGCAGUAAGGGUUUCCUAAUUGUGAUUGAAUUAAUGGAUGUAAAUGAGCUAUUCAUGCCCAGAAACAUUUAUUUCGUGUAGCUGAGCUGCUCAUGGCAGAAACAUUAAUUUCACAGCCCGUAGAAUAGAGAAAUCAUUGUCCGUCUGCAGCCAUCUGUCAUGUAUGGUGAAACCCCAUGCCCUCUGUUACGUGUAUACUGCUGUUGGUACUGAUGACGAUCUUGUUUCGUAUCUAUGCAACUCUUUUUCAGUAUAUGCAUUAUGGAGUCAUAGCUCAUCAUUUAUCCUAUUGCAGAUAAUGCCGUUUUAUUUUUGGUCCAUAAAACAGCUUUUUUCUUGGCCGGGUUUGAAAAGAGAAAUAGAUUGUUGAGUGUUGAGUGUUGAGUUCGUUGUACUGGUGGCAGACAAUCAUAUCAGUGUAUUUCUUUGUCAGUAUUAUUAUUAUUAAUUGUUGUUUUUAUUGAUGAGAUCAGCAAUAAUGUUGAUGCCCUCAUACAGAACCAUUCUACUCAUUGUAUUAUAUACUUUAGACAGGAAAAUCCAAAACUGCCUGCAUACCUACGAGAUCAUCGACAGAAGAUUGGCUUCCUUUGUUUGAAUUGCCCCGUGACCAGCAAUCUUAGUUAACGGCUCCAUCUUAUAUUAUACUAAUAUAACGUAAGUUUCCUGCUACAAGACCAACAUCACGGACGACAUAAUGCCUAAAUGGAAUAUUAAAGGCAUGAACAUUAUCAAUAUGAUAUGUUUACUUGGAAUGUGGGUGCUACUUUUUUCCUCAUGUAACUUGCAGAGAUGAACAUUCACAAUGGAUUCUCAACAUUUCUAUCAAAAAUAGUUAAGAAAAGCUAUUUUAUUCUAUUUUA